CUUUGUACAGGUGUGCAUAUGCGUUAUCAAUGUAUAGUGAGAUUGACGCAGUGUAACACAAGCUAAUGUACUCAACCCAUUUGUAGUUUAUCGCCAUUCUUGAGGAUACCAAGAACGCGCGCUCGCGUGAACGUGUGAAUGCACGCACGUCUUUAAAUAUCUGCGUACACGUUUGUGUGUGUGUGUGUGUGUGUGUGUGUGUGUGUGUGUGUGUGUGCGCGCCUGACAUCACUCCUCCUUUUCUCGCUUUGACAGCGGCACGGUGACACCUCGGUGAGAGGCUGUGCGCGCGUAACGGUGCGCGCCUCCGCACUUUCCUCCGCGUCGGCGAUCGCGUCUUCAAGUUUUCUCUCCGAGCCCGAUAUCCACGGAGACUGCAUCGGGGUCUUUAGAGUUUUAGUGCUUCACUUGAAGACGGCCAAACCAUGUGCUCUGAGACUAACGCGCAGCUACGGAGUUUCUCCAUCUGCCAGCAGCUCGCCAAGAUUGGCACUUUUCUCUCGCGUGCUCGCUGAACGCUCCCGAGGAUGAAGUUUGGCCAAAGCGUUUGCAUCUUAAACGUGGGCGGCACGCGGUACGCUUUUCCCAUGGAUGUGCUGAAGGACUUCCCUCUGAGGAGAGUGAGCCGCCUGCACAGCUGCGCGUCUGAGCGAGAGGUGCUCGAAGUGUGCGACGACUACGAUCGGGAGCGCAACGAGUUCUUCUUCGAUCGCCACGCUGAAGCUUUCGGCUUCCUCAUGCUCUACGUGAAGCACGGCAAACUGCGCCUGGUGCCACGCAUGUGCGAGCUCUCCUUCUACAACGAGAUGAUCUACUGGGGCUUGGAAAGCUCACACCUGGAAAUGUGCUGCCAGCGUCGCCUGGACGAUCGCAUGUCCGACACAUGCACACACUUCAGCGAGGAGGAGCGCCGCGUCGAGGACCGAGAUGAAAAAAAGGAGCAAGAGCAGCAGAGGCGGCGAGGCGCGGGCCGCGUAAAGGACGCCAAGUGGCUCGAGAGCAUGCGCAGGACCUUCGAGGAACCCGCGUCCUCCGUGGCCGCGCAGAUUCUCGCUUCCGUCUCCGUCCUUUUUGUCAUUGUGUCAAUGGUGCUCCUGUGCGCGAGCACUCUGCCCGACUGGAAAACGGCCGAAAGUAACACGGUGGAGGAGCACAGGUACACAGAGUCUAUAGACCAUCCGGCCGGGAUCAUCGAGGCGGUGUGCAUUGGGUGGUUCACAGCAGAGUGCAUCGUGCGUUUCCUUGUGUCACGUGACAAGUGUGAGUUUGUACGCCGUCCUUUGAAUAUCAUUGACCUGCUGGCCAUAACCCCUUACUACAUCUCCGUGACCAUGACAGUCCUGACUGGAGAGAACUCGCAGCUGCAGCGGGCCGGCGUGACACUGCGCGUGCUGCGUAUGAUGCGCAUCUUCUGGGUGAUCAAGCUUGCUCGCCACUUCCUGGGCCUGCAGACACUGGGCCUAACACUGCGCCGUUGUUACCGUGAGAUGGUCAUGCUACUGGUGUUUAUCUGCGUGGCCAUGGCCAUCUUUGGGGCCCUGGCCCAGCUGCUUGAGCAUGGGCUUGACCUGAAGUCCAGCAAUGAGGAGUAUGCCAGCAUCCCUGCCGCCUGCUGGUGGGUUAUUAUCUCCAUGACGACUGUCGGCUAUGGAGACAUGUACCCCAUCACCGUGCCAGGGCGUGUGCUAGGAGGCCUUUGUGUGGUUAGUGGAAUAGUGCUGCUGGCACUGCCCAUUACUUUCAUCUAUCACAGCUUCGUGCAGUGUUACAAUGAACUUAAGUUCCGUUCCGCUCGCUGCACCAGGAGCCUCUCGGCUGAGUUCCUCAACUGACUGUGUGUCUGGCAGACUGACACGGACCUGUUUCUCAUCACUAUUUGAAUAAGAGAUUUAUUUGGUCCUCUGAGCUGAGUGAAUGAUCCAACUCAGUCAUAUAUCUUGUCUCAGGUAGAGCAUAGGAGCUUGGUCUUAAAUGACUUUACAUGUGCUUAACCUAUCUGGUACUUAACUCAGUCCACUGAGGAGCUCAGUGUCUACAGGGAUUAGUUCCAGCCCUGCUCCACACAAACUGAUUUUACCAGAAACAAAGACUGGAACUCAUUCAGUCAGGUUGAGUGUUGUGGUACAUAGUUGGAACAAAUACUGUGGAUUCUGUGUCCCUUCAUGGUGCAGGUUGAGUGUCCAUGGUUUACCCAGCAAGUCCACUUUUGACAAACAUUUUUGCAGGUCAGGAUUCGCUCAGCUGUGCUGUUUUUACCAUAGCGACAGUUAGGAGCUUUCACAGUGGUAGGCAAGGAUACCAUGGAAACAUUGGCUUUCAGGCCAGAUAUCCCAGUUAGGGGCAAACUACUGAAACUGCUGGUGGGCAGCUUUGACUUGUCUACCAGAGGCCUCAAGCAUACUCGACAUGGCUUAAAAACUUGAUCUUCACAGCCAGACAGACAUGCAUUUCAUCCACUAGCAAUGGUAUACAGCCUCUGAAAGAUUUUAGCUUCUGAAUGUCAAGUAGACAUCCAGUUUUGGCAAACAUACAGAGCAAAAAAAUAAAUAAAAAUUAAUCCAAUUUCACUAAAUUAAUUUUUAUUAUAACAGUAUUUCUAGAACACAACAACCCAGCUUCUCUGAAACAAAAUUUUAGGUGGUUAUAUAAGCAUUGCAGGGUGAAAUGUUCAAACAUUAAAAUGAUUGUGUAAAAUCCAAUGAUGUGUGACAUGAAAUCUGCAGGGAUAUUGGAAAUCCAAAAGUGUGAGAGCGAGAGAGGAAUAGAAAAAGAGGAGCAGAGAGGAAUGAUGCUUAGCUGUGUAGGCAACUGUGCAGCAUUGGUAAAUAUGUAAAGUGGAAUACAGUGAGCUACUGAAUGAGAGCACUAUUAUAUGAAUUGAUUGGCCAUGUACAUAUAAAGUUCUUCUUAUUCACCACUGGCAUGCCUCCUAUGUGGUUCAAUAUGGCUUAACGUUUGAGGAGUGAAGAGCUUUGCAUAUUGUGCUAGACUCUGGCAAAUACUUGUUUUCAUACAACACUCUCUAGAGUGUUUACAAAUAAUCCUAAAACCCAGUUACUCCGGGAAACAAUCCUCUUGUCAUAAAUGAAUUGGAUUUAAGGAGAAGCUUUGUUAAAGGUAAACAUAAAUACAAUUAAUGAUAAAAAUAUUAAACAUGGAAAAAACACAAGUUAAUGGGGCCAUCCUGGCCCCUUUGUCUUUUUAUUUGGCUUAUUCUAUUAGAUCUGCAUUUUAAUUUUUAGCAUUAUUAUUAUAUGGAAAAAGUAAAUCUGCUUAGAGAAAAAGACAAAUAUACUGACCAGACUCCAUGUAAAUUGCUUAGUUAUGCUAAGUACUCUAAUGGUAAUCUUAUCACAUGCAUGUCAGCAAAGGGAGGUGUAAUUUCACACCUAAGUAUCAGGUGGGGGGAAAAAAGCUACUUUGAAAAAAAUAAGUAAACAUCAUAAAUGUACAUCAAAUCCAGCUAUUUUCCCUUCAACUGGGUGAUACUCCUCCCUGCUAAUGCUGUUAUUGUCACUAAUGAGCAUCUUCAUUCAUUUGCUGUCAUCUCUGCUCUUUCCUCUUGAGAAACUGAUGUCUUGAUUGGAAGACGAUCCAUUCUGAGGGCGGUAAAAGGAAUGAAGAUGUGUUUGAUGUGCCUAAUGUGCUAUAUCUUCCUUUUUGAUAAUUAAGCUCCAUGUCAUGUGGGAAGCCUGCUUUCACUAUUCUUUUAGUUUUUGCCUGACCCUGCUUUUUGUUGCCCCUCUUUCUUCUCUCUCUCUCUCUCUCUCUCUCUCUCUCUCUCUCUCUCUCGCUCUCUCUGAGAACUAUUUCUGUACAAAUGCUGAUAUGACAAACUAAAGAAUAGAGUGUUUAAAGGCAAUUUUCUGACUCCAAGGUCAUGAUAGAUUUUUUUCAUAUAGUAUACACAAUUCUCGUUUACUUUAUGUUUUGUCAACCAAAAUCUAAUGAAAAGCUCAGGAUUUUAGUGAAAAUAAACGUGGCCAUUAAUUUGAGUGCCAAAAGUUGUUUAUACUAAUGCCAUGAGAUUUUAUAGGGAUUAUUCUUUACCUAAUCGCUAAUACUGCCUGAGUCCUUACAGGAUGCUUCAAACAUUAGUGCUAUUUCAACAAUAUUUGUACCUAAUGCCUAUUUAGUGUUUCCCUUUAAAUGGUUUUUAUGGAAAUUCAUAGCUUCAUAGAAUCAUGGACCACUUAAUUAGUGUGGAUAGUGGGUUACGGUAUUUUAUGUACAAAAUAUAAAAUGAGUAUACAUUUUUGUACUGUUAAUUUUAAUGCCGAUAUGAAAUCCAUUGCCAACAGACAAACAUGUCUAUGUGUACCUAUGGUAUUGUGUUCUGAUACUGCCACUGUGAUGAAUCAACUACCUAACAACUGUAUAAAUUUGUCAUCUGUAAUUUUACUUAUAACAUUAUAUUAUAGCAACUGUAGAGAAAUUCCAAAUAUAUUCCCUGGAAGUCACAUGUACAGAUUUUUGUCAUUUGAAGAUGAAGCCACAUUGUGCAACACUGUCUAUUAAUAUUGAUUAAAAUAAAACAACAGACUGUUUUUCAAAAGAAAUUUUAAACAAUUGCUUAUCUUAUGCUUUGGCUUAAGUUUCUUGUAGGGGAAUUAAAUUUUAAGGUAAUUUGGGGUUUCGAUAUUUUGCUAUAGCCUAAUAGGUAGGUAGGCUCCUUUUGUAACAGUCUAGAUAAGCAUACUGUUUAAAAUUCCUGUAAUCUUUUUUUUAUUAUUGUUUUUAGCGUUCUUAAAAUAGAGACUCUAUUUUGUAUAAAGUAGCAUAAAAUAUGUGUCUGUAAAGGCGAAAACAACUCUACGAUAAAAUAUGAAUAAAUUUUAUCCU